AUCACGCCAUAUAAUUUGCUUCCUUGUGAACCAACUUUCGUCAGUCUCGCUUAAGCCCAAUCAAACAAAUCUCACCCAACACCUCUGAAGUCUGAACCCUAACGGCUCCCAUAAAUCCCUCAAGCGCCACCGCCACCGCCACGAUCUGAUCGGCGUCGGUGCUUGAACGGAUUUGGCGGCGAGCUCCUCCUCACUCACACGUACGGAACUCCACGGAGGUCUGAAUAAUCAAGAGCGGAGCUGAUUGGGUAGGUGCUGUACGGGAAGAGGUGAUGGCGCCGAAGCCAAGGGCGAAGCGAAUGCGCUCAGGUGGCCACGCCGUCGACCGUCUAGGCGACCUGCCAGACGCCCUCCUGCACGUCAUCCUGUCGUUUCUCCCGGCAGUGCAGGUCGUGCGGACGAGCGUGCUGUCACGGCGGUGGAGGGACCUCUGGCGCUCUACCCCCUGCAUAAACAUCGACGACGCCGAGCACGACUUCUUGACCUCCACUCGGAGGAACCGCCACGGACCGGCGGAGAAUUGGCGCAAGCUCGAGAACUUCACCACCAACCUGCUCUUGUUCCGCAUCAACGACACAUCCCUGAACAAGUUCCGGAUAUCUGCUUGUCAUUGGCCUGACGAUGAGCUUCGCCGUCGAGACAUCGAUAGAUGGGUGCGACGCGGCAUCAGGUACCGCCCCCAGGUGCUCGAGAUCAUCAUCUCCGCUUCGCCUGCCGUCCCUUUUCCUCACAUGGGAGCAAGCUCCUGCCGCCUCAAAAGGCUGCAGAUCCAUUAUAUGUAUCUGGACGACCAAUUCGGACGCCUGCUCUUCUCUGGGUGCCCCGUUCUGGAAGAUCUGGCUCUCUCCAUGUGCAGGAAUGAUUUUCGAGAAUUCAAGUCGCGCACCUUGAAGAAGCUGGCCAUCGACCGCUGUGUCAAUCUCACCGGAGAUCCCGUGGUUAUCGCAGCACCCAGUGCUGCGUACCUCCGGCUGUCCAUCCCACCAGAUUGCUACUCCAGUGGUGUUUCGAUGUGCAAGACGGCUUCUCUAGUCAAAGCAUCCGUUGAUGUACUCUGUCUGGGUGAAACAUUCUCUUUGAUACACCAACGCCGGAUUCUUGGUAGCCUCUGCAAUGUCACGAAUUUAGAGCUAUGGGGUUUCCAGAGAAGGGCGAUGCUCGUCGAGGAAUCAGCUGAAUUCCCAAUCUUUGCCAACUUGCAAACCUUGUUACUUAACCGAUGUUUCCUUGAUAAAUGCGAUCUCAGCGACAAAUUGGAGGCUCUAGGAAGCUUUGUUCAGAACGCUCCUUGUUUAGAGAAGCUUACUCUGAUAUGUUGCAUGUUUGACGUAGAAAUGGAGACAGAGGAAAUGGAGACAGAGGAGGACCAGGUCGUGAGGGAAACCAUAACUCUCCAACGGCAGGACCAAAAUAAUAACCGGUUCCCGAAGUUGAAGUUCGUUGAAGUCGUGUACGAGGAGGACCAUGAUCACCAACUAGUCGAACUUGUGUGGGGAAUAGGGAGGAAGCUGCCAGAUGCCAAUAUCAUACUCAGAAAACUUAAUCUGGACUAA